UUGAAAUAAAACGAAAGUAAUUAAAAUAUUCUGCUUGAUGAACGUUGAAAAAAUAUUCUAUCUAUUAUUGUAAUUUAAAAGUUACAAAAUGGGACGAAGAGGAACUAUAGUUCGUAUAGCGUUAAAAAAUUUUGGAACUUAUCGGUAUUGUGAAUUGUAUCCAGGACCUAAUUUAAAUUUAAUAAUAGGCCCAAACGGAACGGGAAAAUCAACGAUAGUAUCUGGAAUUAUUCUUGGUUUAGGUGGGAAUCCAAAAGUUAUUGGAAGAGCUUCACAGUUAGGAGAUUAUGUUAAAAGCAACUGUAAUGAAGCUAAAAUUGAAGUGGAAUUAGAUUCUGGCUCUGAGGAUGAGCAUAACGUGAUGAUACAACUUGAAUUUACUAAAACAAACACAAAAAUAUGGAGAUUAAAUGGAAAACAUAUUAAUCAAAAAGAAAUAAUGGAUGUUAUAUCAAAAUUUCGAAUUCAAGUCAAUAAUUUGUGUCAGUUUUUACCACAAGAUCGAGUGCAAGAUUUUGCUAAAAUGAAUAAUCGUGAAUUACUUAUUAACACACAAAAAUCUGCAGGACAUGAAGAAUUAUCUGAAUUCCAUCAACAAUUGAUUACGUUGCGAGCAGCUUAUAAAGAAUUGGAAUCUGCAUAUGAAAAACAAGAAGUUGUUUUAAAUGAUGCCGAACAAAGAAAUAAUCGAAUAGCUGGAACUGUAAAAAAUAUUCAAGAGAAAAAAAAUUUAAUUAAAUCAUUAGCACAUUUAGAAGGAAAAUUAGGAUGGAUUACAUAUGAUACAAAACGGAAGCAAGUUCUGGAUGUUAAAAAUGAUAGGGAUGUUGCAGAAAAAGAAAUUAAAAAAUAUGAAAAACAAAUUGCAGAAAUAGAUGCGCAAAUAGUUCCAGCAAAAAAUAUUGUCACCGUUAUACAACAGAGCAUUAUUGAUAAAAAUCGACUUGUAACGACUUCAAUGAAUUUAUUAAGAACUAAAAUCGAUAAAGUUGAGGAUUGUAUUUUUAAAAUUAAUUCAGCCAAAGAUGAAUUGGAACAAAAACUUCAAGAAGAAGAAAGGAGAAAACAAGAAAAGAAUGAGUUACAAAAUGUAAUUAGAAAAUUAUCAAGUGAUCUUAAAACAAUAAUCGACAAAACUGGAGAAGAGGAAUCAAUUAAACAAGAGAUGGAUAGUCUAAUACCAAAAAUAGUGGACAUAGAAGCACAAAUUGAACAAUUAAAUCAUAAAAAAAGUAUGAAAGAUGUCACUUUGGAUAAUUUAAAUCGAGAAUUGAAUGCAUGCUUAAGAGAAAAACAAGUACUUGAAAAUGUUGGAAGAGCACGAUUACAAUUACUACAAAAAUUAGAUAAUGAUGCGUACAGAAGUGUGUUAUGGUUAAGAGAAAAUCGUCAUUUGUUUAAAGGAAAUGUUUUUGAACCAAUCUUAUUAGAGAUAAACGUUACAAAUCUUGAACACGCAGAAUAUAUAGAAAAUAUUAUUCCAUUUCGUGAUUUAUUCACGUUUACUUGUGAAGAAGUUAGCGACAUGAAUUUAUUAAUUCAUCAUUUACGUGUCCAACAAAAAAUACGUGUCAAUGUUGUGAAUUCAGGUGCAUCUCAUCCCCCCUAUCGAUCCUAUCAACCACCGAUACCAGUUGAACGAAUUCAACAGUAUGGAUUUUUUGCGUAUGCUAAUUCAUUGUUCACUGGACCCGAACCAAUUAUGAAAUAUUUAUGUCGAAAUUGUCGAAUUCAUGCAAUACCGAUUGGUAAAGCUAAAGUUAAUGAUACUUAUGAAAGUGUGCCAGCAAGGAUACAGACUUUUUUCUCAGAUACAAAAAAGUUUACGGUUUCCAUUUCACAAUAUACCAACGAGAAAUCAACACGUAUAUCAGAAAUUUCUUCACAAAAAUUAUUAACAUUAUCAUUAAACACGGACAGUAUUUCGAGAAUUAAUAAAAAAAUUCAAACAAUAAACACACACAAAGAAGAAGAACAUCGAUUAGUUUCAGCCAUUGAACAACAGAUCCAAAGUAUCAUAAGUACACGAACCGCAUUAAUAAAUCGACGUAAAGAAUUACUGUUUCAUAAAGAUCAAUUAACAUCGAUCCGUUUUCGAUUAGCAACAAGCGAACAAAAUUUAAAAACUAUGGAGACACAUACAUUUAAUUUUGAUGAUGAGAAACGUACAAGUGAAAUACUUGUGAAAUCAUUAAUUAAUGAUAUGUUAGAAUUACAAAAUGAUGUUGCACAAACAUUUAAAAAGUAUCAAACACAUAUAAUUGAAGCACAAUUAGCAUCCACUGAACGUAUUUUAGCACAACAACGUGUUACAACAUUAAUUCAAUCACAACAAACAUUGAAUUCAAGUUGUAAUAAUUUACAAACAUCUUUGUGUCGUAUUCGAAGACAAUAUGAAGUGUUGAAGAAAGAGGCAAAAGAUGAUUACGAUAAGGCUAAAUUAUUAACUGAUGGCUUUACACCAGAUACAAAGGAGUUUAAGAAAAAAUUUACCAAAAUAUUUGAUGAACUACCUGAUCAUAUCGAAGAAUUAGAAGAACGAAUAACUGAUGUACAAACGAAAGUCGAUUGUAUGGAUCAUUUAAACGAUGGCGUUAUCAAAGAGUAUGAAGAUCGGGUCAAAUUAAUUGAAUCAUUACGAAAAAAGAAAGAAGAAAUGACUAAUCAAAUCGAAAACAUGUUAGAACAAUUAAACGAACUGAAAUUGAAAUGGUUUGGACCGUUAGAAGAACUAAUUGAUAGAAUUAAUACACGAUUUGAACAAUAUUUUCAAAAAAUGUCAUGUGCUGGUAAUGUAAGCAUUGUGAAAGCGGAAAAUGAAUUGGAUUUCGAAGAGUAUGGUUUAUCGAUUAAAGUUAGCUAUCGUGCUGGCCAACCGUUACAAGAAUUAGAUCAGUAUGUUCAAAGUGGUGGAGAGCGUGCGGUAGCUACGGCAAUUUAUAUGUUGGCUUUGCAAGAAUUAACGAAUGUACCGUUUCGAUGUGUCGAUGAAAUUAAUCAAGGUAUGGAUGCUACGAAUGAACGUAAAGUAUUGGAAUUGAUAAUGGAUACUACGUCUCAACCAGAUACAUCACAGUAUUUCUUAUUAACACCUAAGCUUUUACCAAAGUUAAAAUACACGGAAACCACAAAAGUACAUGUCAUACAUAAUGGGCCUCGUGAAUUACCAGGUAAUCAUUACAACAUUAAAAAUAUACUUCAAAAUCGAAGAAUUGCUACAUAA